AUGAGACUUAUAGCUUGGAAUGUGAGAGGUGUAAAUAAAGUUUAUAAACAAAAAGAAGUAAAUAAGUUCAUUGUAAAUAAUGAUGUAGCACUGAUAGCUAUACUGGAAAACAGAGUAAAGGAAGAUAAUGCUAGCAGAGAAACACAAAAAAUUGCAACUAACUGGAAAUGGUGUGCAAACUAUGUACAUAGCUCAAAAGGAAGAAUAUGGGUUAUUUGGGACCCAAACAGACUGGAGUUUGAAGCUACUAAUAUGAGUUCUCAGGCUAUUCACAGAAUCCUUAGCAUUCCUCAUUUACAUCUAAAAUUGCACUUGACAGCAGUUUAUGGUUUGCAUACUAUUGAGGCAAGGAAGGAGUUAUGGGAAGAGUUGAAGGGGGUGAGUAUGUCAGUCCAAAUGCCAUGGUUAGUCUUUGGGGAUUUCAAUGCUAUAACUGAUAUAGAGGAUAGGCAGUUUGGCAACCCAGUCCAGGAGAAUGAAAUAAGGGAUUUUAUUGACUUUAUACAAGCUAGUGGCAUGACAGAGUUACGAGCAAUAGGAAGGAAAUAUACUUGGUCAAAUGGACAAAUCUGGAGCAGGAUAGACAGAGCUCUUGUGAAUGCAGAAUGGUUGAUGACAGUUGCUAUUACUGAAGUAAUGAUCUUAAACCCUGGGAUUUUAGACCAUACUCCGCUAAAAAAGCAGAACAUGCAUGACAUAUGGUGGAAGCUUAAAGCAAUGAAGAAAGAGUUGAAACAACUGAAUCAUAUAGAAUUCAGAAAUGUAGGGGAGAAGAUUAAGUUCUAUAGACAAAAUUUGCAAGAUAUUCAAACAAAAAGGGGCCAUCACACUCAACUAGAUCUAUUGUUUGAAGAAGAGAAAGAAGUGAAGGUUAAACUAGAGAAAUGGAGCCUAGUGGAGGAAAGUAUUCUGAAGUAG